UUAUCCGCCGCCCGCCGGCCACGUCACACGGCCCGCAGCUCGUCUAGGCGUCUAUUCGGAGAGGAGCUGCGACGAGUUCCGCGCUCAGCUCCGAUGUGCAGCAGAGCGUACGGGUGAAGUUCAAAAAGUGAUGCUGUGGACGGGCGCGCUGGUGGCUGCGUGGCUGGCGGCCGGCGCGGCGGCCAACUGUGCCACCGGCUGCACCCAGACGACGUUCCGCGCCUACACCGGCUGCCUGCAGACCUGCGGCGCCGACGUCGCCGUCACCAAUUGCGACUGCUCCGCCACGGCCUGCACCCGCUGCCCCGGCGACAACACCUGCUGCCAGACCUGCUGCAACACACAGCAGUGUGUCUGCUCUAAUGUGAAGUGCCAACAGCCCUGCAACAACGGGUGCUGUUCGAUGUGCUGUCGGCCGCUGGUGGAACAACCUCAGUGCGGAAACUGUGCGCCUGGUUGCCGACAACAGGGGUUGGGCUGCGCGCCUUGCUGCCAGCCGCCGCAGCCGCCGCAGCCGUCGCAGCCGCCGCAGACGACGACGACGUCGUCGACAAUGACGACGACGACGACGACGUCGCGGCCGCCGCAACCUACAAAUUCGCCGAACCCAGAACCGAACCCUCCGCCACAACCACCAGGGCAGCCGUGCGUGAACGUGUCGGUACUACCGGCGGCACCGCCCGUCGUGAACGUCUCGCUGGGAAACAUCACCGUGAACCCAGCAAACAUCACUGUGCUGCCCGCCAACAUCACCUUCACGCCGCACAUCACUGUCGUCGUGAACACGUCGCCCGUUUCACAGGUGUAUCCAUACCAGUACGCGGGCAACGUGACGCUGAACCUGGAGCAGCAGCAGGUCCCGGGCCUCAACUGCACGGGCGGCCGGCGCCGCUGCUGCCGCGUCGUCAUGGCACCGCCCUACCCCUGUCCUCCAGGCUCGGCCUGCCCGCCGAUCGUGAGGUUUGGCUGCGGCCCACAGUGCUCGUCAAUCGUCCAACAGAACAUGUACUACCUCCAGGCGCCACGGCAGCCCUACUACUACCCGAACUACUACUACCGGCCAGUGUACAUGUAUGUACCACAGACGCCACAGUACUUCUGCAGUUCCGGCUGUAUGCCCCUACCUACCUGGCCGUUCGCGCGCUGCUUCGACACUAUGCCUUAUAGUGCAGGCGGAAUGCCACCUCUCCCACAGUACGGUUCUUUUCAACCGGGACCUGACGCAGCCGCUGUUACUGCCCCUGCAGCAGCCACCAACACGCAAGGCUAGCACCUGAUAAGUAUGCCGCAGUUCGGAGCUUGCUGGACGUGACCUUAGCAAGCACUCACUUCAGUAACCAGCAGCAGCAUGCACUACGAAGAGAACGAAAAUUCUGAAGCAGUAGCUCUGAAGUAAUGCAACAGUCACUUGUGGUUGACACACUAUCGUUUUCACAAUGUGCUUUUAACAACUACUGACUUGUUAGUUUUAUGAAGACACGGAGAAAAAUAUUGUCAUGAAAAAAGACAUUGUAUCUCAAGGCGAUCUAUCACAUUUUCAUUUUAGUAAGGUUAUUCAUUUUACGCUUCCGACUAAACAUUAAUAAAAACAAUCAGGGUAAGAAAUAAGAAUUUUACAAGCCUACAUCUAUGAGAAAGCAAAUAUAACGCCUCCUUUCUUUAUAAUAAUGAUAAAAAUUAUGCAAUUAUUUUAAACAGUACUCGAAACAGAGGUGAACUUAAUAUCCAUCUACGACGAACAUGAGCUUCACUCGUCCCGCAGCCGAAAUACUACCACGACACAAAAGGAACGAGUCUGAAGUUAUUACUAUUGUGCUCGAGUAGUAUUAACUUACGAGCCUACAUUUGGUCUCUACGCUGGGACAAUUUGUCUCAAAAUCUAUAACCUCUUAUACUGCAUCACGGAAAUGACACAUAGGAAUGUUUUAAGGAGCACAGAAUGUAGUGUGUGAAUGCAAAUAAAUCUAACUCUGAAGUCGACUGCAAGUGAAGUGAUGCAUUUAGAAGGUUAACAGAUUCGUAAUAUCAGACUCGGUCGUCACAAUAUUCACAUUUUUUUCGACAGGAGCGGGAAAGUGUAGUACACUGCUCGUCCACUGCCACUAAACUGACAGUUUCUGAUAAGAAUCGUCAUAGUACAGGACAUAGUCAAGUGGAAAAACAGAUGGCCACUAAUAUUGUGCAACGAACACAUUUUACGAUUUUUGAAGAAAUUCGUCUAUUUCUGUAAAUGUAAUUUAGUCUUCAGUGUUGCUAAAUAGUUGUUAUUGUUACACGUUGCAUAGUCUUUUUCAGUAAGUAGAACGAAAUUUUCUUUUUGUAAUAUAUUUAGGAUAUAAUUAUGAAAGAGUAUUAAAAUAUGUUUUUUCUUCAUAUAUGAAAGCAACACAAAGGCAAGCAGCAUAAAUGACGAGGAUCAGACUGCAUCUUAUGUACAGUACCACGAUUCUACUUGUACAUGUUUAAUCCACUACAUGAUAUGAGUAACGUUCUUGUCUUUGGAUGGAUACUGAUACGAAACACCUGCGUGUGUAGAAAUAAAUGAAAAUUCCCUGAAAAAAAUGGUAUUCGAACAGGCGAAGAGUAGUUACAAAGUGUAACUGUCUCAAAAAUUAAUCAUGUAUCUCAACUAUAAAAAUAUUUUUACUUCAUACACACAAAUAAAG